AUGUCUGGUCUACACGAGGUACAGACCGGCUCAGGUCGACUCGCUGGUAAAGUCGCCAUUGUGACCGGCGCCGCCUCAGGGUUCGGACUCGCAUGCACCAAGAAGUUCGUCUCGGAGGGGGCCAAAGUAGUGGCGGCCGACAUGAACGGCGAGGGGCUCCAGAAGGCCUACUCGGCCAACGACCAGCACGUCCACACGCUCACGGCCAACGUCACGGUCCAGGCCGACUGGGACAAGAUGGUGCAGACGGCCGUCGACAAGUUCGGCGGGGUCGACGUGCUCAUCAACAACGCCGGCACGAGCUACAAGAACAAGCCGACCCUCGAGGUGACGGAGCAGGAGUACGACAAGGUCAUGGCCGUCAACGUCAAGAGCAUCUUUCUGAGCGUCGGCGCGGCCGUGCCGGCCCUGAAGGCCAGGGGCGGUGGUGCCAUCAUCAACAUUGCGAGCAUCGGUGCCAUGAGGCCCAGGCCCGGAUUGGUCUGGUACAACGCCAGUAAAGGAGCCGUUGCGAAUGCCACCAAAGGUCUCGCGGCCGAGUUCGGCAAGGACCAAAUCCGAGUCAACGCCAUAUGCCCGCUCCUGUCCGGGACGGGGCUGUUCGAGCAGUUCGUGGGGGUCCCCUACACCGAGGAAAACGUGAAGAAGUUCCUCUUCAACGUGCCGCUGGGGAGGUUGACGGACCCGGGCGACGUCGCGAACAUUUGCGCCUUCUUGUCCAGCGACGAAGGGAAGUUCAUCACCGGCGUCAAUCUGGAAGUCGACGGUGGGAGGGCCGUCGGCGCAUGA